AUGCCUCCUGGCAGGCUGCCUAUCGUCAGCCCUUCCUCGAGACUUGCCGACUUACAGAAACUUGCUUUCCACUGCGGGCUCAACUCGUCUGGGACGAGAGCAGCUAUUGCCAACCACGUCAACUCCCAGCUCAGCAGCUGGAAGCCCGCGCCGCCAGACUCUCGCAUCCUCAGCAUCGAUCUCGGCGUCCGCAACCUCGCCUACAGUCUCCUGACGGCCGGCGGCGGGAGACGCCAUCAUGAAGCCGUCGCGAACGCGGUAGGCGCAGAGGCAUCCAAGCCUGCUCAGCUUCACACAUGGCAGCGGCUAGCGCUGGUCCCACGCCGCGCCGGCGGCCCCGACGGCGCAUGCGAGGCCGCGCAGGACUUCAGCCCCGCCGCCAUGAGCGACGUUGCCGUCCGGCUCGUGCAGGAGCGCCUGCUCCCCCUGCGGCCCUCGCACGUGCUCAUCGAGCGGCAGCGCUUCCGCUCCGGCGGCGGCGCGGCCGUCCUCGAGUGGACCGUGCGCGUCAACUCCCUCGAGGCGAUGCUCUACGCCGUCUUUGCCCAUCUGCGCGCGACCGGCGCGUGGGCCGGGGCUGUGAUACCCAUCGAGCCUCGCAAGGUGGCUCCUUUUGUGCUCGGGGAGAGGUCUGGGCCCGGGGAGAAGACGGCGGGGCGCGGUUUGCCGAGGAAGAAAGCUAGCGAUGUCAAGAGACUCAAAAUCGAGCUGCUGGCUCAUAUGCUGACGGCCGGCGAGAUCGACAUUGUCAGUGAUGAAGCAAGAGACAUGGCUGCGGCCUUCUUGCAACGCCAGGGCGCCAGGUCUUCACGCAAGAAGAGCUCGCCGCCCUCCUCGCCGCUUUUAGGGUCAGAGAAGCUAGACGACCUCGCUGAUAGCCUUCUGCAGGGGCUGGCCUGGCUGAGAUGGGAGCAGAACCGGAGCACGGCGAAAUCCCAGGGUGAUAAGGCGGCGCUGAUGCCCUUUAGGAACUGA